CAAUGCAAACGUUUGUUCCCCUGUGUUGUAUCUACCCACAACAUUGAAAAAUACUAAAACUUACAGGAUCAAUCAAUCAAUCAAUCAUGGGUGCUGAAACAUUCGUGGAAAUCAUUCUUGCAAUCAUCUUGCCUCCUAUUGGCGUCUUUCUUCGAUAUGGUUGUGGUAUCGAGUUUUGGAUAUGCUUAUUGCUGACAUUUUUGGGGUACGUUCCGGGGAUUAUAUACGCAAUUUAUGUUUUGGUUGUGUAGCGAUUCGGAAUUUAGUGCUUUUGAUGGUUUGAAAAUGAUAGUGAUCCAAGGACUCGAGACUUUUUUUGUUGUUUUGAAAUUAGUGUGUGAUCCUGUAACACGUUAUUUGAUUUAUUAGUUGGUUUAAGAA